UUUCAAUACUCGAUUCGGAAGUUCACACAUUCUCUCAUCAUAAUACCAUAUUGUAUAAAUAGCAAUUCCCAUAACUUGAGUAGCCAAAACAUCACAUGUCACCUUAUUCGUCUGUUGAUCAUCAAUCACCAAAUAUGUCAGAUAUUUCGGAAUAUUCUCAUUCAUCGAAUGCAGGCACGAGAAAGAAGAGGAGCAUAAACAAAAAAAGGUUCAGCGAUGGACAAGUUAAAUCACUGGAAUCCAUGUUUGAGACAGACUCCAGACUGGAACCGGCAAAGAAAUUGGAGGUGGCAAGAGAGCUUGGCUUGCAACCAAGACAAGUUGCCAUAUGGUUUCAGAACAAGAGAGCUCGAUGGAAGCUAAAGCAGCUUCAGCGAGACUACACCACGCUUCGAGCCAAUUAUAAGACGUUGGAUUCAAGGUUUGAUGCUCUCAACAAAGAGUAUCAAUCAAUGUUAACACAGUUGCAGGAUCUGAAAAAUCGAUUACAGAAGCCCCUAGAACAAACUGAGAGUUGUAGUACGCGAUACAAAGCAGCAAACAGCAUGGAGAGUGAAGCGGGAAAUGGAGAAACAGUCAAAAGAGAACAGGAGAUAAAGCGGCCUUGUUGGACAGCAGGAAGAUCAGAAGGCAUUGUUCGUAGUGUUAUCUCGGACUGUGACAGCAGCAUAAAGGCAAAACAAUACUUUGGUGUGGAAGAUGAAGCUUCUCUUCUGAACUUUGUCGAGAACACUGAUGGUUCUUUGACAACACCACAACAUUGGGGUUUGUUGGAAUCAGAUGAUAUCAUGGGCUGUGAUUACCAAUGGUGGGACUUCUGGUCCUGAAUGAAACAGAACAACCGAAUCAUUUUAUGCAUGUGCAUGACAUAUCUGAAGCGAAACAAAGUGUUGCUGGUUGCCGUAUGAUAAAGACCGAAUCAGCAAAUCACGUUAUAGUAUAUGAUUCAAUAUUUUAAAGAA